AUGUAUAAUGCAUCCGCGCGAUUGUUUUCUCGCUUCCGUUGGGAGAGGAUUACCAUUCGGAAGUUAAAUAAAACAUCUUCCACUCAAUAUAAAAGGUGGCAAAGUUCCAAUCCUGAAAGCAGGGAAAGGUCUACUUCAUGGGCUACAGAAUUUGUAAAUAGUUGCUCUGAGUUGGAAAAAAAGCAUUUGUACGAUGCUUUGCGGAAAACAUCAACCGAAUCUUCUCAGCUGAAAGAUUCUUCACCAGUUUCAUUUCGAGAUCUCCGAUUAGUUUUCUUGGCUAGUGCAACACCUUUUAUCGGAUUCGGUUUUCUAGAUAAUUUCAUAAUGAUUGUUGCGGGUGAAUAUUUUGAUUUAACUUUAGCAGCAGUCUUUGGAUUCUCGACUAUGGCUGCUGCUGGAAUUGGUAAUUUAAUAUCGGAUCUCUGUGGAUUGGGUCUCGUUGGUUAUGUCGAACGCUACGCAAUGUUAUUUGGAGUUAAGUCACCACUCCUUUCAGAAUCUCAAUUACAAUCUGCUUGCGUGCGUCGAUAUUCAAAUCUUGGCAGGAUGUGUGGGAUAACUUUGGGAUGUUUGAUUGGCAUGAUGCCCCUUCUCUUUUUCCCAAGCGAUGAGAAAGAAAUUGAGGGAGCGGAAGCAUUCGUGACUGAGUCUAUCGACGAUACCGCGGUCAACUGA